AACAAAUAUGUACUUACCCUUUGUAAUGAGGGAUCCAGAGGUGCCCAUUCCUGCGACGUUAGCAAAGCUGCUGUGAAGCUGAAGGAAAAUGGCCCACCGCGGCUUUGCCUUGGUCCUCGGACUGCUGGGAGGUCUUCUUCUUCUCACUGAGUGUGCAGUUUUUAUUAAUCAGCAAAAGGCAAGUUCUGUCUUGCAUCGAUAUAGAAGGUAUAAUUCUGGACACCUUGAAGAGAUUCUUAAAGGAAAUCUGGAACGGGAGUGCAUUGAGGAAAUAUGCGAUUAUGAAGAAGCCCGAGAGGUUUUUGAAGAUGACGCUCAAACGAUGGCAUUUUGGACAGUGUAUGUCGAUGGAGAUCAAUGCGAACCAAACCCCUGCAAGAAUGGAGGCCGUUGCAAAGAUGACACAAAUGAUUACACCUGUUGGUGCCCAGGUGGUUUUGAUGGAAAGAGCUGUGAACUUGAUGCUACCUGCAAAACCAAAAACGGGGGGUGCAAACAGUUUUGCAAGGAUAACGAAGAUGGACGAGCCGUUUGCUCCUGCUCCGCGGGAUACAGGCUGAAGGAAGACAUGAAAACCUGUGAGCCAACAGUGCCCUUUCCCUGUGGAAAAAUCCAAGCUCCAGAAGCCCAGAGUAAAGCCACUCGCUCCCACUCAUUUGGACCCACUGGAUCCCCUCAAGCAAUGCGGACUGAGGACUGGGAAGAAGGCUACAACCACACUCGGGUUCCUUUCGCUUGUCGACGCGAUAUAUACGAGGUGGUUGGCGGCAUGGAAAGCAAGAAAGGAGAAGUCCCAUGGCAGGUUUAUUUGCUCAAUUCUGAAGGGAAAGGCUUCUGUGGAGGCACCAUCAUCAAUGAAAUGUGGAUCGUGACAGCAGCUCAUUGCCUGGAGUUUCAGCCCAAAAGGAUUGUAGCAGGUGAACACAAUAUCUACACUGUGGACAACACCGAACAAUACCGCAACGUGGUGAGAGCCAUCCCUCACCCUACCUACAACACCACCAACAAGUACCACAAUGACAUUGCCCUCCUUGAGUUGGAUGCCCCUCUGGAGUUCAACCACUACGUCAUCCCCAUUUGCCUGGGGGACAAAGAGUUCACCAACAGCCUCCUUAAGUUCGGGGCGGGAACCGUGAGCGGGUGGGGGAAGCUGGCUUACCAAGGCCGGCAGGCCAGCAUCCUUCAGGUGCUGAGAAUCCGCUUCAUUGACCGACCGACUUGUCUCAGGAGCAGCAGUUACCCCAUCUUGCCCAAUAUGUUCUGCGCGGGCCACCCCAGCGAAGCCAAGGACACCUGCCAGGGGGACAGCGGGGGUCCCUACACCACGGACAUUGAACAUGUCUGGUUCCUGACAGGGAUCACUAGCUGGGGGGAGCAGUGUGCCAAGAAGGAUAAAUAUGGGAUCUACACCCGGGUCUCCAGGUACGUCAAGUGGAUUAGAGAGACCACUAAACGUACAUGAGCGAAUCAAUCCCAAAUCCUGUACCAGUGACGGCAAACCUUUC